CAACGGCAGUGGCAGGCAGCAGGCCGGCACCCGGCACCCUCCACUCUCCCUCGGCCCCAGCCCCUCACCCCAGAAAACCAUGAGCCCAUCUAUCCAGGUGGCCACCCUCACAGUCAUCUGCCUAGGCCCCGUCUGAUCCUUCUUGACACCUGCAGGUCCCAGACCCCAAGAUGCACCCACUCCGAACGCUCCUCAUCCUCCUCGGAUUGCUGGCCUUGCCCUCAACACUGAACAAGCAGCCACAGGCUGUCCUGGCCAAGGCCCGCAAAGACAGCAAACCUACCCUUGCAAAAGUUAUUGUCCAGGGCCUCAUAAAGUACAACAUAGAAAGUCGAAUCCAGAGCAUCCACCUUUUGGACAGUCUAAAUGCCCCAGAGGAGGUGGCCCCGGGGAUCCUGGGCUGGCUAUUCGGUGGCAGGAACCUCCCGCAGCAGCAAUAUAUCAGCAUCAACAUCACCCACAGUCACCUGGACUAUGGUGGGAUCCAGAUGUCUUUCCAUAACGAGCAGUUCUCUGCAAACAUCUCACUUGAAUUCGACAUUGACUUGAGACCGGCCUUCAGUAACAUCAUACAGAUACGUAUACACAUGAACCUCAUCGUGGUGUUCUGGCUGGAGACAGACGAGUUUGGCCAAAGAGAUCUGGUGAUAGACAAAUGCCACACAGAGCCCAGCAGUGUCCUCGUGACCAUCCCCCCUGAGGCCUUUCCACCAAAGAUGAACCACAUGCUCUUCAACUUAAAAGAGAACCUGGGAGAAAAUUUCCCACACCUGGUAGAAGGUCAGGUAUGUCCUCUGAUCUAUGAAAUCCUCGGGCGGUUGGAUGUGAAACUGUUGAAAAGCCUCAUGGAUGAGUGUCUGGUCCAUCCAUGGAGGACUCUUCAGCAUUGGAAAGUGGCUAAAAAGAAUAGGUUGCUGCCCAUGAACUCAGCCAACCACGAAUCUAGCCAACCCUUCACUUGCCAGGCUUGAGGGUCCUCUAGCUGCCUACUGUUGAUCAAAGGGAGAUUCUGUAUCUUGGGACCUUGAGCCUCCUUCAGAUUGGGGCUUCUGCUGCCCUGAAAACCUUUUUCCCAGGCCCUGUGGACAUGCUGUACUCACCCACAAUAAAGUCUAGCUCUGAAAGGUGUAGAAGUGCCCCCUGCCUGGGCCCUGAGUUUUAGGUCCAGAAGUCAGACCCGAUGAAGUGUCCGUCCUGAGAACAAACAUCGCUAGGUUUGUUCAUCAGCCCAGAAAUACCAGACAAAACACUCUUGGCCUGUGUUUUGCAGGCGAAAGCCCAGCCAUGGCUUUGCUCUCAAGGCAGGGAGGGGCCUGUUGAGGAAGCCCCUUGCCUCCACUGUAGGAAGUGAAGGGCACCACCUACAGUUUCUGAGAAACAUUUGGAG